AUGAUUGGGCUCGCGUGUGGUGGCGAUGAUGCUUUGCUGAAGGCAAAGCGAGCCAAGAAAGAGGCCGACCAGGCCGAUGAAAAGAAGGACUCACCUGGCGCAUCAGCUGAGACUGCCGUCGAUGGCGUCAAGAAGGAGGAAGUCAAGAAGGAGGAGGAUCUCAAGGAUGAGUUGAAGGACGAAUUGCUGGAAGUCAAGACCGAGGUGAAGGAGGAACUCGACGACUCCGAGGACGCGCUCAAUGACAUUAUGGAGGCGGAGACCACUGCCGUUGGGAAAGGCAAGAAGCGAAAGCGGUUUGACUACGAG